AUGGUGAGGACGCAUCGGCUAGGGAAAAUAUGCACACAUGCAAAUCUUGUGGCGAAAGUCAAAGUGGGAGCCCAAGGCAAAAGUACAAAAAGAGAAAAAAAAAAAAAAAAAAAAAAAGAACAGCUCAAAAGGGAUAAUAACUUAGCAGCGUUCGAUUACAGAAAAUAUUAUGAACGGGUCAACAAGUGGAAUGAAAAAAGACGGGCAUACACAAAGACGGAAAAUUAUGGGGGGGAAAAAAAGGUAACCAUCAACAAAGUUGGGAAUAAGAAGAGGAGUAAAAGGGAAGGGAAAAAAAGUCAAAAGAGGAAGUAUGAAGUUUCGCAGUGCUUAUCUAUCCAUCAACGGAAAAACAACAGAACUGGGGCUAAUGAGAAGGAUCUAUGUAGGCCCAAGAGGGAAGGUGACCCGAUCUCCAAAUGGGCUAAAGAGGGCCAAAGCAGCGUCAACAGCUGCGGUAGUGGCAACUGUGGAGGGAAGAACAACCAGGCGGGUAGAGAAAAAGAAAUUGCCCCCCCAUGUGGGAACAACGUCAAUCACGAAGUAGGGCAAGUGGGGCAAGUUGAGGAAGACCAGAUGGACGAAUGCACAAAUGAAAAAGGUAAUCGUUACAACGAUGCGUGUGACGCCCUAAUGGUGAAGCACGAGGAGAACUCCUUCUCCCCCUUCAUAUGUACCAGUGAACACAAAAGUCAUAAGCAGGACCAAGUGGGAAAAACAAGUAAUAUGCAUAAUAACGCCAGGUCUAAUGAAACGAUAGUGGAAAAUGAGGAAAAGAUGGCCUACUCGAAUAAGACCAUAACGGACAGCUUCGAAGACGUAGUCAGUUUGAGUCUGCGCGCUUCGAACGGGGAAAUCUUGGAUGAUUCCCAGUUCAGUGGUGAUUAUUUCGGGGGAGACCACGCCAACUGGAACGAGCUCAACGGGGACUACAACAAGUUCCUCCACAAACCAACGAUCCUUAUGAAGCCGAACGAGCCCAACAGCCACACGUGCCGUCCUCCCAUAGAAAAACCAAACGCAUGCAUUAUCGGUAGACAGACGGAAAAGGGUACCCCCAAAACAAGCAUAUACAACGAAAGGAUUCAAUUUGAGGUAAGUGAUCCCGGAAGGAAUUCUCAUGAAGAGGAUAUACUGAGCCGCCCUUUAAAAAUGCAUGAACCAUUUUGCACUCCUAAUGGAGAGAACAACUCGGACCAUUCGGGGGGCUACCCAAACACCUUCACCAGUUAUUACCAGGAGAAUGAUGCCACCUAUGAAGGCAUCCAUAGAAGCAGCUACUGGGGCAGCUGUGAUAGACUGAGCAGCAGCUUUUCGCAUCGCUACUACAAGUGGCCCCCACUGAGCAUCAAAAACCCCUUCGCCUUCAUCUACAAAAGUGCCAAAUUUUUUGGCCACGUUCAAGAGGCAUUCAAAAAAAGGACAACCCGAGAAGCACAGCCACACACGACCACCACAAUAAACGUACACGCAAAGAGGAAAAAAAUAUACACAAAGGAGGAACACAUAGGCAAAUUGGCCAUCUCCAAGAAAGACCUUCUCUUCAAUUUUGACAUGGAUAAAUUUAAGUCAGAGGAAAAUUCCUCACUGCAUAUUUGGAAAGGCUCUACAAGCAAAGUCAAAGCAGCUUCCAAAAGAUGCAGCUGGAGGGAGAACAAAAUGAAAGGCGACCUCACCAAGCAGCUCGGAGUAACGCCCCCCCAGGAGCGGCUCCUGAAAAGGUUAAGCAGCGUGGAAGAAUUACACAGAUGUGACACAGAUGAGGAGGGAAUAAGGGAGGAGAGAAAAACACCCAUUAUGAGUAUAGUACAAAGCACGCCUGAGCAUGACGAACGAGUGAACCUCCCGAAGAGACACAAAACGGGUCUAGAGGAAAAGGAAGAAAAACCCAUGAACAAACACAAACGACUAAUCGACGUAGGGAAAAAAGACACGGAUAGAAACUUUGAUAUUUUUUUAUCCCUCUUCAUGAAGCACGAAAAAAAAGAAGAAUUCCUCUUCUGCCUAAUAUGCGACGAAGAGUUAACGGAAAAUUCUAUUUUUUUUCAAAAUUGCAUUAAGCCAAUGUUAGACGAAUAUAGAAGAUCCAAAUUUGAGAAAGUGAAGAAAGAAAAGGAUACAUCCCCUGAUGCAUCCAUUAGUGACAUACAUAUAAACAAAAUAAUCCUAGAAAUUAUGAUCCCAUCUAUAAAGAAAAAGUACCUCAAGUAUGUGAGUGAGCUCUACGAUAAAAUGGAACCCACACCUAAUGACGAUAUUAACGGCUCAGAUGAGCUACAAAAGGAAGUACUCGAAAUUAACGAGAAAAUGGAAAACUUAAACAUAAAAUCGCUAGAUAAGCAUAGCACAGAUGUGCACAUAAAAGAAGCUAGCCGUUAUGAAAAAAAAAUAAAAUUAAUUGAAAAACCCAAAUGGAGCGAUGAAGAAAAUUUAAAAAAACUCCUACUGAAACAACAAAAUUAUAACCCCUUUACUAUAUUUGGGACUAGCAUUAAAGAGGUGCACCUAGAAGAAGUCUUCACCCUCGACGUAUACAACAACUAUGUAACAAAUGAAGACAGAUUUAGGAACAAAAUUUUGUACGAUUUGUACGUAGGAAAGUAUAUACAAAAUUUGUACCAAAAAAUUGACUUCCACGAAUGGACCUUUGUUCUUGAUUCUCUGAAAAAACAGUGGAAAUAUUUUACCAACCUAGAAUGUAAUAUGUUCCUAGAUCCACUACUGUUGGAAGAAAUUCUAUGGUACAUUGAUGAGAACAAAAUGUAUAAGGACAAAAGUGAAGAAAUGUACACUUAUGAAUACUGCUUCUGUCCUACUCCCGAUCCCGCCAAGGAGAUGAAUAUGAAUGACGUAAAACACUUUGCCACAUCAAUGGCGGAUAGGUACACUCUUCACCAGAAUGUAAAGUAUAAAAAGUUAUCCCUAAAUGAGGAACGUUCCUCCCCGCAUAAGACGCUUAUUUUAAAAUAUGAUGAUGUUAACGUGGACCAAGACGUAUUAACUUAUGCAGGAAGGCAGAAGGACAAACUGACAAAGGAGGCCCUCCUUUUUAAUGUACCUAGACCAUCCAGCACAUUCUACUACGACUCGGACUUUUUUGAAAAUAAAAUAAAAAAACACAUGUUCAGGAAGAAAGUGAAACAUUGCAAGGGUAACCUGGACGUUAAUUCUCCAUCCGGGAAAGGGGAGGAACCCUUUACAAUAAAAUAUAAGUCCAAAAAGUGGACCUCUCAAAAAUUUUUCGACAACUUUUUUUCUAAUUAUUACCUGUACAAUUUUGACAGAAGUAAUCGGACGUACAACUCUAUAAUUUAG